CAUUCUAGAAACCGUGUGCUUUGAUGCGUUUAUACUAACAAAUGCAUCCAUUCAGCUUUUAUAACAUUCCAUUUCCCCUUCCCAUUCCGGUCUGUAUACGAGGUUCAACGAUCCAUCCCUCUCAGUCAGCUCUCUUCGUCUUCCCCUGCAUCCGUAUUCGACCCUAACGGAUUCAUGCGCCGAGAGGCGAUCCGUCGGGAUUAAGUGAUUGUCGGGAUCGGGGGAGAGGGGAGUGAGAGAUGCAUUCGAGGAACCACUGGGGUGGCUCAUUCGAGAUAAAUGAUGCAAACUCGAACCACAACACGGACUAUGACAGGAGCCGGGAGAUGGACUGGGUCGACAGGGCAGCCCUCCCGCCUCCCGGACACCACCACGAGCUCGACGAGACCCAGCAGAGCUGGCUCCUCGGGUCGCAAGACCAGAAGAAGAAGAAGAGCAAGUACGUAGACUUGGGGUGCAUGGUGUGCAGCCGCAAGGCCCUGAAGUAUACGCUGUGGGCCGUGGCGGCAGCCUUCUUCCUCAUCGCCCUCCCCAUCAUCAUCGCCAAGUCCAUCCCUGGCCGCAAGUCACGGCCUCCGCCGCCCGACAACUACACCGUCGCGCUCCAAAAGGCCCUCCUCUUCUUCAAUGCCCAAAAGUCCGGUAAGCUGCCCAAGAACAAUGGAAUUCCGUGGAGAGGGAACUCGGGGUUGAUGGACGGGAACAAUACGGACUUCAAGGGAGGCCUGGUCGGAGGCUACUACGAUGCCGGAGACAAUACCAAGUUCCAUUUCCCUAUGUCAUUCGCCAUGACCAUGCUCAGUUGGAGCGUGAUCGAAUACAAUCACAAGUAUGAGGCCAUCGACGAGUACAAGCACGCCCGUGAGCUUAUCAAGUGGGGAACGGACUACUUGCUUCUGACCUUCAACUCUUCCGCUACCAAGAUCGAUAAGAUUUACAGUCAGGUUGGGGGAUCUCAAAAUGGUUCCAGCACACCAGAUGAUCACUACUGCUGGCAGAGGCCAGAGGACAUGGACUACCCGAGGCUGGUGCAGGAGGCAACCUCGGGGCCAGACCUAGCCGGAGAGAUGGCAGCAGCCUUAGCCGCUGCAUCAAUUGUGUUCCGGGACAACCCCACCUACUCGAAGAAGCUAGUCCAGGGUGCCCAGACAGUGUUCGCCUUUGCCAGGGACUUUGGCAAACGGACUCCCUACUGCCGGGGGAACCCUUACAUCGAGCCCUACUACAACUCAUCGGGCUACUUCGAUGAGUUCAUGUGGGGGGCUGCAUGGCUCUACUAUGCCACCGGGAACAACACCUACAUCUCGCUCGCCACCAACCCAGGCCUCUCCAAGAACUCCAAGGCCUUCUACAUGUUCCCAGACCAGAGCGUCCUCAGUUGGGACAACAAGUUACCGGCAGCUAUGCUGCUCUUGACGAGGAUGAGGAUAAUGUUGAACCCUGGGUACCCGUACGAAGACAUGCUGAGGAUGUACCACAAUGUGACUGGCCUGACCAUGUGCUCGUAUCUUCACCGGUUCGGCGUCUUCAAUUGGACUAAAGGGGGAAUGAUCCAACUGAACCAUGGACAACCACAGCCACUGCAGUAUAUGGCGAAUGCUGCAUUCUUGGCAUCUCUCUUUGUCGACUAUCUGAACGCCACCGGUGUUCCAGGAUGGAAUUGCGGUCCAACUUUCGUCUCUACCAAAGAUCUACGGAGUUUUGCCACUUCUCAGAUAAACUACAUACUAGGCGAUAACCCGAUGAAAAUGAGCUAUGUAGUGGGCUACGGAAACAAAUUCCCAAGACAUGUGCAUCACCGAGCAGCAUCGAUACCCAGUGACAAAAAGCAUUACUCCUGCACAGGGGGAUGGAAGUGGCGGGACACACGGAAUCCUAAUCCGCACAACAUCACCGGUGCAAUGGUCGGUGGUCCUGACCGGUUCGACAAGUUCCGAGACGUGCGAGGGAACUACAGCUACACGGAGCCCACAUUGGCUGGGAAUGCAGGGCUGGUCGCUGCACUCGUGUCACUCACAACCAGUGGUGGGACCGGGGUCGAUCGGAACACGAUAUUCUCAGCAGUUCCCCCGCUCUAUCCCGGUAGCCCUCCACCUCCCCCGCCGUGGAGACCUUGAGAAUUCUUUCAUUUUUUUCCUUAUUAAGGGCGUCGAAACUGCAUCCGUUGUUCUUUGUCUUUUGAGACUUUGAUCAUUUUGUAACAUAUACAUUAUUGCACCUGCAUUGCUUCUUCCUAUGUCAAUACACUACACCCCUUGCCUUCACUACGCGCAA